AUGUCUCACGGUCAGAAGAGGUGGUAUUGCAACUUUCAGGGAGAAUCUCAGGCCCCAAGAGAAGAACAGGGACAGAUGAGUUCUGAUCUCUCUGUGGCUGAGGGAGAAGAGUCCAAUGACAACAAGUCCUCCUCUUCCACUAGCCCAACCAUCCCCAGGAAGACACCUGCUGGUGGGAUACCAAAAUUUCAUCAGAGUCCUCAACGAGCCAUAUCUCCUCCCACUGUCAUGGCCUCCAUUCCAAUAUCCCCAUCUGAUAAGGCCUCUGGCAACCAAAUAGGGGAGCUGGAAGGCCCCAUGGUAUUGCACCAUGCACUAAGUGCAAAGGUGGCUGAUUUGGUUCGGUUCCUGCUCUUCAAGUAUAGAUUGAAGGAGCUGACCAACAAGGCAGAAAUUAUAGAAAAGAUUGUAGAAGAUGAUGAGCAGCACUACAAUAGGAUCUUUAAUGAGGCCUCUGAGGGUUUGAAGCUGGUCUUUGGCAUUGACGUGAUAGAAGUGGACCCUGUGGUCCACACCUAUGCCCUUGCCAUUGCCCUGGGAAUCACUUAUGAUGGAAUGCUUACUAAUGGCCAAGGCAUGCCCAAAACAGGCCUUCUAAUAAUUGCCCUAGGUGUCAUCUGCAUGCAUGGCAACCGCGUCAGUGAGAAUGUGAUCUGGCGAGCACUAAAUAAGAUGGGAGUAAGUCCCAUGGAAAAUCACUAUGUAGCUGGGAAUGCCAAGAAGCUUUUCAUUGAAACUUUUGUACAGGAAGGGUAUCUGGAAUAUAAUCCAGUGCCUGACAGUGAGCCCCCUCACUAUGAAUUCCUAUGGGGUCCAAGGGCCCAUGCUGAAACCACAAGUGUGGAUGUCUUAGAGUUUUUGGCUCAGAUCAGCAGGAUGAACUAAGUGAUUCCAGAUCCUUCCAAUGCCUGCAUUUAGUGGCUUUGAGAGAACAGGGAAUUUUGUUUAGAAUUGCCACCACAAAUGGCACACUUCACAGCCAAUACAAGUUCUAGUGUCACAUUUAGGAGCUUUCUGAAUGAAGUCUCAGAUGAGUCUUCACUGUGUUUGAAGGUGGCAGUCACUGUUUUAAGUAGUAAAGACGGCCAGUGAAAGUAAAUGAAUACUGUCUUUUUUUUCUCCCUGUUUUAUAAGGGUAACUUGGAACUUUUAUUUUUUUGGUAUUUUUUCAAAUCUUGUUUCUCUUAAUUGAAGGACUUAGUGGGCUUCAGAAUCUAAGUCUAUAAAUAGUACUAAUGACACAUGUA